AUGGGCGUCAUCAGAGAGUGUGAUUGGAGAGGCACUGUGGAGCUUAUUCGGAACAAGGUGUUUAACGCACGAGGAAAUGAUGCCACAGCUGCGCGCACUUUAAAAGGUCGGGUUCCGCGUUCUACAAAUAGGAUCCACAACUUUCCAAGCUUAUCGUUCAAACUCAAACUCGUUUCUCUCUGGAGUAAUAGGAGCACACAUUGGACAAGUGAAGGGUGGUCUACUGCAGGUUAUGGUAAUGCAACACCUGAUUGCCAGCAACCAUCCGCCUGCAAACCGCCUUUGAGGCGGCCAGACAGUUUUGCAAACACUGUCUUUAGAUUUUUAUUCAUAGGAGAACUUUUUAAUAUGAUGUGGAUAUGGUGUGGAGUCAGAGCAGCUGGACUACCCGUGUGCAUGUGGCACACUUGCUGA